AUGUUGCUGUUUCACCUAUGUUGUUCUGUUUCUACUCAGAUGGAGGCCAGGCAUCUAGAAAGAAUUUCAACACUCGGGAGAUUCUAUAUUUAUGCCAUCCAUGGCUACGUCACAGAAGUAAUGUUUACAGCAUUAUGGGAGUUUGUUGUUAAUCUUAACUGGAAGUUUCCGGGCAACACUAGUGUAUGGUCAUUCCCUAUAUAUGGCAUUUCUGGCAUCAUAUGUGAACAUUUGUUUGUGUACAUGAGCUCACGAAGUGUCCCUUUCCUUGUACGUGGACUGGUCUACACUCUCUGGACAUACUCCUGGGAGUUCAGCACAGGAUUCGUGUUGAAGCACUUUGGAGCCUGUCCGUGGGACUACACUCCGUUUCAUGGAGACUUCAUGGGGCUGGUCACUUUAGAGUACGCGCCAUUGUGGUUCCUGGGUGCCAUAGUGCAUGAGCAGCUGAUAAUGUACUACUGCAGACGAAUAUUCUUUGGCCCUUCCAGAGAAGAAGAGGCAGAUCAAAGCUUCAGGGAUAGAAAAACUGUUACAAAUGGGUGUGCAGAGGAUAAGAAAAAAAGUAUAUGA